CAUCGUGGCCGGGGAGUACAGUCACCUCCGGGACAGAACUCCGAUGGCAUCUCGGAUCUCCUUCACCCAAGUGCGCGUGGAAGCGGAGCUGGAUCGUUACCGGGCCGAGUGCCAGUGGGACAAGAUUCCGAUGAUCGUCGACCAGAUGAAGGUGGCUCGGAUCCACGAGGACGAUGACUAUGGGACGCUGCUGAUGGCGGAGGCGCUGCUGGAGGAGUACCUGAAGGACAAUGUUGACCUAUUACGGAGAUUCACGCCUCUGAUGGAGAAGACCCAGCCCAGACUGAGCCAGGCCAAAAACCUUCUCAACACUAUCCUUAGCCGAGGCCGCCUCACACCCAGGUACCUGAACGAGGCUCUGCUGCUGAUGGCCAAAGUGCACUAUGUGCAGGGUCGCUACCGGGACGCCCAGGGAAUGUGCGCCAGGCUGGGACUGGAGGAGCUGACGCAGGACGGCCAACCAACCUACCACCUCCGCAUGCUGGCCGAGGCUUUUGUCAUUAAAGGUCUGUCUUUGGACCACCAGACAGUUUCUGCCAUGUCCCGUGUCCGUCUGUCUGAGAGGGAGGAGGAGAGUCUGUCCUGCUACCUCAGGGCCUGUGACGCCUCUCUGUACUUCCUGCAGGAGCUCGAUAAGACAUCAACAACACAUCACACCAAGCCAGCCAAAGCCAGUCUUCUUCCUCCACCUGGGGACAUGGACCUGGGCUACUUCCUGCAGGCUUCCUUGCAGAGUGCUUAUCUUUGUCUGCUGCAGAGGGGUCAUCUUGCACAGGGUACUCACCAGCUGCGUAGCGUGCUCAGGGUGGUGGAGUCACGAGGGUCUCAGAGCUUCAGAAAGUCUGCAGCAAGGAAGCUAGCAGAGGUGCUGCUGAGCUCCGUGAGUGAGGAUGCCUACUGGACCCCUCUGGGCCCCCCACCCUCAGCCUGGCUCCACAGAGAGGGAGCCGCCGCUUUCAAAGACGCCAUCUACCCCACUGUUAAACCACCGCAACGUUACAGUACUGACUGUUGCUUCUGUCCUCAGAACGUGGUUGAGGAGGCUGUUUUGCUGCUGCUCAUCACAGAGUCCAUGGCCAGCGGCGAGGCGGUGAUCAGUCGUCUGCCAGACCAGGCCGAGUCUCGCAAGGCUAGCCUGCAGGAUGCCACCUCUGUCUAUGACCUGCUCACCAUCAGCAUGGCCAGGAGGGGGCAGUACGGCAUGCUCUCUGAGUGUCUGGAGCGAGCCAUGAAGUUUUCAUUCAAUGAGUUCCACCUCUGGCAUCAGCUGGGCCUGUCACUCAUGGCGGCCGGGAAGGGCCUUGGUGCUGUAUCUGUAUUUAAGGAGUGUGCCAGGAUGAGACCAAAGGACCCCUCAUUGCCCUUAUUGGCUGCUAAAGUCUGCAUUAGUCAACUGCACUUGUUCAAGGAGGCCGAAGUUAUGUCGCAGAGCGUGACUUCCAUGGGGGAAGAAGCCGGAGAACUUCUACCUAAGGCCUACCUGUCCCUGGGACUCUGCUGCAGUUUACAGGCCUCUGACGCCACCCUAAAAGUUGAUCGCGAUGAAUUCAACAGAAAAGCACUGCGAGCUUUGAGCAAGGCUCAUUCAUUAGACCCCCUGGAUGCUCAGAUUGCUAUGUACCUGGCUCUGCAGUUGGCACUUGUACGCCAGGUAUCGGCAGCCAUAGAGCCCCUGCAGGCAGCUUUAUCUCUCCUUGGGGACGACUUGCACUCACUCCACCUGCUGACUCUGCUGCUGAGCGCCCAGAAACACCACCGUCACGCAUUGGACACACUGGGCCUGGCCCUCAGCCAGCACCCCGGCAACUUCAAUCUGCUGUUCACAAAGGUGAAGCUCGAAGAGGCCGUUUUUGGCCCGACCGUAGCCCUGCGGACCUGUGAGGAGAUGCUGCAACAGUGGCUGAGAUGCUAUGAUGUCAGCCGCUCCAGUGAGACAGAUGACAGCAGCAGCAUACCGAUGGCCGAGCGGGUGGAGGUCAGUCCUAGACUCGGGAAAACCUCCAUCCACCUCACCCUGCCCAACUUCCAGGACGCUUCCACUGAUUCGCUGAGCCCUUCAGUUGCAGUGUCUCGUCUGGAGGCGGCGCUCUCUGAGGUGUCGGACCUCUACUCCAUGCGUCGUCGCCAAGGACCCACUUACAUCUGGACCACCCUCGAAUGCAUUUGGCUGCAGGCUGGGGAGUUGUUCAUGGCGGACAGACGGCUAAAGGAAGCCCAGUUCUGCAUCGCCGAGGCCAUCGCGCUCUCCCCCAACUCUGACUCGGUGCUGCUGCAAAGGGGCCGCCUGGCCGAGCUCCGUGGCCAACUGGACGCCGCCAAGGGCCUGUAUGAUGAGGCCCUGGCUAUCCACCCCACAGGAGAGCGCACUCUGGUGCACAUGGGCCUUCUGCUGGUGAAAACCGAGCGCACCCAGCUCGGGGAGAAGGUCCUGCGUGAUGCGGUUCAGGUCCACAGCACCUCUCACGAGGCGUGGAGCGGCCUAGGAGAGGUCCUGCAGUCACAGGGCUCAAGCCAAGCACCUGACUGCUUUCUGACAGCCCUGGAGCUGGAGGCCUCCUGCCCCAUCCGGCCCUUCACCAUCAUCCCGAGAGAACUCUGAGGGGGCCUCUGCAAUUUUAUUUUGGAAGGAGGCCGUUUUCACUUUCUUGCCAGGAUCUUGAUAAGAAGAUCGAUAUCUGUCUAUUGAAAAUGAAGACACAGCCAGGAGAUAGUUAUCUUAUUUACGAAUUAAACCAACAACAAAGUGAUCAGUAAACUUAAUUAGGUUUCACUAGGCAUAUAUUAUAUAUAUAACUAGCAGAUAUGAACAUGGUAUCAAUUAAACAUCCAGCAAGAAUGCUAAAGUAAUACCUUAAAUCGUCUCAAUGACAUUGAUUUUUUUCAACCUCUCAAAUAUGAAACCAAUCACCCCCAACAUAAGAGUACCGCUAUGUCCUUUAUAAGUUUUGGCAACUGAAAACAAAUGAUAAUUUUUGUCUUUACGUGAAAAUAGUAACGAUGUACAUUCUGUGACAAUGUGCAUCUCUAAUGGAGUUAUGGAAUUGGAAGUCAUAAAAUCUUAAUAAUCUGACUCAUUGGUCCAUAAAUAGCAGAGGUGUGCAGAUUACAUCUUUAAGAUAGAAUGUAUUGUUGUUGUGUUAUGUUUGGAGAUGCUUAUCCAUAGAUUAUAUAUGGCUGUCGGCAAAACUCUUAACCCUUGUGUUGCCUUAGGGUCAUUUUGACCCGAAUCAAUAUUACACCCUCCCCCCGCCUUUGGGUCAUUUUGACCCGAUUCAAUGUUUCACCCUCCUGUUACCUUUAUAUUUACUAACAUAUUUUACCCUUUGGGUUCAAUUUGAUGCCAGCAAUUAAAACCUCCAGAAAAUUAUUAGAAUUAAUAUUGUUUUCCAAGUUUAAGUGUGAGGCACUUUAUGUUUGUUUGUUGACUACCGAAAGAACACCGACAUUAAACAUUGAACGGGGUCAAAUUAAUCCUAAAACGGGGGGAGGGUGUAAUAUUGAUUGGGGUCAAAAUGACCCUAAGGCAACACGAGGGUUAAUCUGAGUGUUUUGAUGUAUUUUUAAUGAUCACGUUAAUUGACGCAACUUUGAUGUACACAAAAACACCUCCAACUCCACCCCUUCAUCCUCAAAUGAGAGCUUAUCCAUUUCCGAGCAGGGACAAUCACGUAUAAUUCCUUAUGUCGUUAUUAUUUAUGUAUGUGUGUGCAGUGUGUCUUCAUGCAUUCAGGUUUGUUUUCAUACCGUCCCUCUGGGGUGUUAUCAGUCACUGUUCUGUUUGUUCUAUCUCUCUGUACUGUAAAGUAGGAGAUGCAUAACGUGUGUGCUAUUUUUUGUUGUUGUUUUGUCUUUUUACUCAUCUGCUCUUGAUGCUCUCCAUUAUAAACAACAACGGCUUUUAAAAAUCA